GUAUGGCGCGGUACCAUAGCCAGGAUGCGUUACCGGCGCAUGCGAGCCGCCCUCGUCAUCCUGCGGGCCUACCAGCACUACAAGGUCAAGUCCUACAUCAAGGACGUCAACCGCAAAUUCAAGAACGUGCGCUCCAUGAAGGACCAUGGCAAGCACGUCAAGUGGCCCACGCCGCCCAAAGUCCUGCGGAAGUUUGAAGAGGCGCUGCGGAGCAUCUACAACAGGUAAACAAACAGAAGUGUCGCGCACACACACACACAAAGGGGUUGUAGUAUGAGUAAUCCUACCUCUGUUCGGAUAAAACAUCAACCCUUGAACACAAUGCACUGUAAGCCCUUCCAUCAGUAUCAUCAGUGUAGUAAGAAUUUUGUGGAGUAGGUACUGUUUUCUACUCCAACUGGUUUCCUUUGAAGGUUCUUACCCGUGUUUCCUUCCAGCCUCAGGUCUGUGGUGGACAUAGACUUUUCCCCCAUCAAAGCCUCAUUCAAAGCCCCCAAAAAUCACUGUUUCACAGUAUCAUCACGUCAGAAAUAGCCAAUCAUGUUAGAGUCGAUAUCUUGGCUCCAUUGUUAUUCCUGUGGGUGUUUCCAUGCUGCUCUAGGUGGUGGGCGUGGACUCUGAUCAAAGACCUGACUCCAGAGGAGAAGCUGCAGAUCAGGGCCAAGGUUGCCACCCUGGAGGCCCUCAAGGGCCAGAGACCUGACCUGGGGCUGCAAAGAACCUGGGAGGGCAACUACCUGGUGAGUUGGAUUGGGGCUAGGGGAGGUUCUGACACUAGCUCUGAGCUCCUCAAAGGGAGAGGUUAGCGAUUGAUGUGUGUGUUUCUGAUGUUGUUUUUAAUUUGAAUGUAGUUGUAAAUGUGUGUAUGUUUUUUGUUGACGGUGCAGUGGUUUACCGGUGACUGUGAGCGUGUAUCUGACCUUGGUGAUGUGGGGGCGUAAGUGUGUGACGUGUGUGUGUGUGUGUGUGUGCGUUGUUGAACUAAAAUGUAAUGGAAAGAGGUUUGUCUUUGUAGAGGAGUUGAUCGUCAUGACAGUCUUUGUCUAUGUGUGUGUUUUCAGAAGCGAGACAGUCCUGACAUAGCGUCCUCCUUCACCUUGGUGUCCAGUGAGUUGCAGCGUAAGGACAAGUUCAUGAGAGUGCUCUUCUCCUGCAACGUGCGCAAGGUACAGUAGGUUUGGGGACUAUUACCUAACCCAAACCCUAUACCACACACACAUAUAUGCACAUGCGGACACACACACCAUACACAUAAUAGGGAAUACGAUCACAUCUAUUACACUCACCCUACACACACAGGGGCGGACUGGGACCAGAAAUCGGCCCAUUUAUAACACACCAGACAAUUUUUUCCUUGAGGCCCCAGAUAAAUAUAAUUUGCACAAAAAACACACAAGUUAGACAGGCACACUGGGCUAAAAAUGGACCAGCCCAUCUGGCAUUUGCCCGACAUGCCAGAUGGCCAGUCUGCCCCUGCACACACACACAUUCUCACCCAACUGUCCCUGAGUUUAGCCAACUCCCAGUGGUGUGUGUUGGCUGUGUGUGGGUCUCCUGUGGGGUGACUAAUAAGGGUCUUUGUGUUUCCCAGAUCAACCGUUUCCACAAGGCAGAGGACCGGGCCAUCCUCAUCACAGACCGCCACCUGUACAAGAUGGACCCCCUCAAGGAGUACAAGCCCAUGAAGAGCAUCCCCCUCUACAAUGUAAGAGCACCUCCCCUGUGUGGUUGA